AUCUCCCGCCAACGCUCUUCGGCGUCUCGGCGUUGUCUCGGCGUCAGGCGUCAGUUUAAAAGUUGUGUCGGUUAACAUUUACUACAUGUUGCAACUUUAUCUCUAGAUAAUAGUUUUAAGUUAACGAAACACUUUUGAAGCAUGGCAGCGGUGACGGAGUCUACGCUGGAGGAACUUUUGGCUCUCACAUCUCGGGGUCAAGAACCAUCUCGGGAAAAGCUGGACUCAAGGCUUCAGGCGCUGUCGGCACAAAGAAGCAAGCAGCUGUGGAAGCUGGUGCUUGAAAAGUUGCAGCACCACAUACUAAGGGUGAUUGCAAAGGACGAGCCUGAGGAUUAUUCCCUUCUGCUUGUGGAACUGUGCCAGGCUACUUCGAGGGUCGACAUUACGUCUGACUGCAGCGUCCUGAACAUUGCUGACCUUCUCUACGGAUUACUGCUACUGGUGGAAGAUGGGGCGCUCAGUCAUGCUAUAUUUUCCUUCUGCAAAUCCUGGUGCAUUGCCAAGUUAAAGCACUGGGAGAAGCUUUGGGAGAACACCUUCAGACUAGCCCUAAAGCAGUCACUAGAACAACACUCAAAGCGUCAAACAAUGGAGCUCGUGAGCACAGUCUUCCUCCUGAAAGAUGGGCUGGAAGCCGACAGUGGAGCACUGUCUUUCUCGGACUUGGGCUGCGAGCAGAACCUGGAGCUCAAAGAGCUUCUCGUCAAGUGCUCCAUUUCUCCAACCUACUUGGGAGCUGACAAGGGCAAGAAGUUUGUGAGCUACUUGCUGACACGGGAUGACACCAUUGCACAUGCUAUCUUCAGGGCUGUGAAGAGCCACUUAUGUGGAUUAAGUUGUGCCCAUGUCCAAGCUUUGGCUCUGGUGUACCUGUCCGCUUGGAAGGCUGUAGCCUCUAAGCCACAAUCCGAGGUGUUGGAGCAAAGCAUCCAGGACGUAAUGCACAUGGCCGUGAACGGACAGUAUACUGCCGCUCAACAUGACAGGCUUUUCAAGUUUCUGGCCAUCUUCCACAGCAAGCAGAAGGACAGGCACCUUUCUGCAAUGCUGUGUCGAAACUACGAGCCCAUUUUGUGGCGUGGACUCAAGGCGCUGCAUUACAGAGUGCGUGUAGCUGCUGCGAAGAUUUUCUUCAACGUUUUCCCACUCCUGGAGAGUAGCCAGAAGUCCAUGAUGGAGGGGGAACUGAGGCGUGAUUUUGGCUACAUGCAGUGCCUUCUGAAAGAUCCAUCUCCUGCUGUGAGGGUUGUGGCUGUCACUGGUGUCACCCGUUGCCUUUCCCACUUUUAUGAGCUCUUCCCCAAGCGUGAAAAGCAAGAGCUCGGAUGGAUCCUGAUUAAAAAGAAUGCCAAAGAUGCCACCUCUGUAGAAUCUAGAGUCAAAGUGAAUGAGGGUCUUGCAUACAUGGUGCGGAACGUGAACACUCACUCGCUGCUGCGAGCGCUCAUCGCAGAAAAUAAGGAUGCAAUAAAUGACUCUACAUCAGUGAAAAAGUCCUACAUUUCUCUUCUACUCAAGUCACGAAGCAUCGCGGGCUUCAAGGUUCAUUCUGGUGUGCAGUUCUGGGAGGUGGUUCCUCUCCCUGACCUCCUGCGCAUCAUGUCGGAGUCCGAGACUGGGACUGCGGUCAAAGUGGCCCUGCUGCUGAGGAACAGCUACUUCAACCCAGAGGCGCCCGUUGAGCAGCACUUGGAACGCUGCAUUUUUCUGGCUAGAAGCAGUCAGGCUGCCUUCCAGAUAUUCUACCGCAUGCUCCACAAGAUUGCUCCCCUCGAAAAGAUCGUGGCAUUCCUGACAGCUGUGUGUAAGGUUCUGCUGAGGAACCAUGCUCUGAAAGUAAAGGCAGUGGGGAAGGAGAAUGUGCUUCCAGAUGAAGACGAAGAUGUCUCGGACACCAACAGUUCAAGACCCGUACAGUGCCUGGAGAAAGACACCGUUCAGAGUCUAGCUGAGGUCCUGGCUGUCACCUACAGCACCAUCCGCAACAAGAAGGAACUGAUCAGAAAUGCCAAGCUGAAGGACUCGUGGAAGGUGCUCGUCGGGAGCAUGUCAAAGGUUGCUUGCGUCACGUUUGGAGAGUGUGAGGAGCUCCAGUCCAAACUGUCUGCGCUGUCCGUGGCAAGCCUCGUUUCGUUCGAGUCAUCGUCGUCGCUGUCCAGCCGCUGCUUCUCGCUGCUGCGCACCAUGCUGAACUGCACCGGAGAUGCUCCAGUGCUCACCGUGGAGGCCAAGUCUUGCCUUGUUUUCCUGUGCAACAUGAAGCGGUCUGCCGACGUGCUCUCGCGUGUCGCAGAGUCCCUGAACGAACUGCAGGAGGCCACCCCCCGGAAAAGACGGCGGGUGCGCUUUGUGGUGGAGAAGCCCUUCACUGCAGGGACGGGCCUUGAGGUCCUGCGUUACCUGCUCUGCACUCCGCACCUCCAAGACCUGCUUCUUACCAAGCACUUGUUACCGCUCUUCAACAUCUGGAGCGUCCUCUUUCGCUGUGCGGAGUCCCUCAAGCGGCAGCUCUGCCACGCCACCAGUUCUUCAACGUCUGUGCUGGUGAACUCUUACGAGCUGUUCCUGCUUCUCACAGCCAUCCUGCAAGGCCAAAUCAACCCGGCUUCUGGAGCCAAAUUGGUGGCAGUGUCAACACUAGAGCUCCAGUUGCUUUGGAUCAAAGACAGUCUGGUGCCAGUGAUCCCAGCUCAAGAGGGCACAAAAAAGGCUCUUUCCAUCCGCACUGUGGAGAUUUACCUGAAUGCUUCCAAGUCCUUCUUCAUGAUGGGCCUGGCAACGCCUGAAUAUGCGGAGAAGCUGAUCAGUCUUCUCGCCAUUUGUAAGCAGUCAGAUGCUCCUGUUCUUGUGGCGAACAUCAAGCCCAUCGGCAAGGCAAUACUGAAGCAUGCAAAGCUGCUUGCCCCUGCCCCUACCCAGAUGGCUAGUAUUGUUACUAUGCUAGACAAGCUGAAGAUUAACACCCCGGAACCAUCUCAAGAGGAUGCCGAAAACAGUGCACAAGCCGAGGAGGUACCACAAGCUGAGGAGCACAAUAACCAACAGAAUGCUUGAGCAAAAGGCAUAGUGUCGGAGGUGCAUCUGUGCCUCAUUCAAAGUAAAUUGCCUUCAUUGCCACGCGUUUAACUGCCAGGGUUCUCGUGUAAAUAGAUGGAUUGAAUCAAGUAUGUCCACCUGCGGAUUUGAGUCAUUCUUAUUUAGUAUACUAUCUGUACAGUCUUUGUUGUCAAUGUGCCUUUUACAUGUGCUGUGUUAUACCCUGUUGCAGCCCCUCCCACAAAAACCCUUUACUCUUUCCACUUAGCAGAGCGAAUGCCAGAGAGGAGGAGAGUUUUUCCUUGCCUCCUCUCCUGCAUUCGCUCUGCUAAGUGGGAAGAGUGGAGGGUUUCAUGGAAGGAGCUUGCCCUGCUUUCCUUAACCUGCAACAGGGUAUGGCGAUAAUGUUCCUUUGGUGAGAAUGUCCCUGCUAUUUUUUGUUUAGUUUUCUUAUCACCACUGUUUUAACCUAUUGACGUACAUUUUUUGCCAAAAUGGAAAUAAGGUAACCUGUUUUUAGGAUGCAAAGCAAGUUUUCGUUGUUCCUUCUAAAGUGUGAAAAAAAAAUGAAAGGUAUGUUUAAUAAACAAACACCUCAAA